AUGCAGCCACGACAAACUCGCCCUGCUCCUCAGACCUAUAGCCCUUAUGCCCAGCAACCCCCCUCCUAUCUCCCCGCGCACUCCCAGGGCAUGCUGGCCGCGUACGCCGUGACUACUGCCCUCUCACAACCUCACGUCCAAAAUUUUCCUCAGUACCAGUACCCCCAGGCUUCUCAUUAUGCUCAAGCCUACGUGCAGCACUACCCAAAUGUCGCUGCUUUCCACCCAGCGACUACAGCAGAGGGGUACACCCUCUCAUCUACGUAUGUUCCGGGUCAGCACACGAGCCAACAAGGCACCAUGCCCGCAAUGCAGAGCCGAACCACUGCUCAGAGGCCCCAGGAUCGCGGCCAGACGCAGCCGCAUUGGUACCAGCCGGGGAAUGCCAGGUGCACGUACCACGGGUGCAUGUUUCAGGGUUCGCAGAAGGCCGUCGAGAUCCACAUGAUGGACCGGCACCUCAUUUAUCCUCCUGGCUGGGAGAACAGGAAGCGCAAACCAGACUGGGAUGCGGACCCCAGUCUGAAGGGGAAACCUAUACCCAUACAAGGUACUACCGUAAAGCUAGAUACCCCAGAGGCCAUCGCGGGGUGGAUCGCAGAGCGCAGGAAGAGAUUCCCAACCGCAAGCCGUGUAGAGGAAAGGCAAAGAAAGCUUGAGGAUGCCAUUGCCCGUGGACAGUUGUCACCAGAAGAUGUGAGAUUUCCUCACAGGAAGAAGCGAAGACUCAAUGACGGCGCAGACGCCCACUCACAUAAUGGCUGGAGCGACAGAGGUAGAGGAUGGGGAAGAGGGAGAGGAUGGGGAACUGGAAGAGAAGGCGGCAGAGGGAGAGGGAGGGGGAGAGGGGCGAAUCAGAACUGGCAAGCUCGGACGGACGGUAACCUGAUACCAACAAGCGGAGAGUCUUCUCAACAAGCUACAGGGAGCACGCAUAAGGCAGCAAUAGUCCCUCCAGCUCUAGGAUCUCUGAUCCAAGCAUCCAGCUCGGAUUCUGACGAGGACUCCGAAUCUGAGUCAGAUUCCGAUGGUGCACCUGAAGUGGUUUCUUCAAAGGUGUCUCCAAAAGACUUGGAACAAGAGGCUGCGGACUCACGACCUGAAAGCCCGGAUGAUGUCCCAAACACUCCUGCUGCAGGCACUGUUUCUACUGCCAUUCAGGCGAUUCAACCAAUCAAAAAGUCCCUACCAAGGCAGCCGCGCAGACCUCUACGUAAUCCGUUCGCUUCACGUCCUUCUCUGCUCCGUAAUUUGCUGCAACCUGAGAUCCGUAUGACCGUGUCCAACCUGUCUCAAGCUAUCCGUUUUCUGGUCGACAACGACUUCCUCGAGAACGUGGAGUUGAAGCCCGGUCAAGCGGCCGAGAAAAUGAUCGAGGUUGUCGGAGAGGCCGAGGCCGAGGAUACGGUAAAUAAGCCCGCAAACGCUGUAUCGUAG